GCAGUGGAAGGGGCAAACUGGAGGAGCGAUGCAGUCCCUAUCGAAUACACAACACAGGUGAUGCGCUUGUGCGACAGGCAGACCCCGGGGGGCUUUCGAUCUGACCGUAGAUUAUGAAGAUCUGCGGCCAGAGGCGAAGGAAGGGUCGGAGUGUGAGCACUCCCAGAGGCUGAUGUCUAGAGCUCCUAGGUGACAUCGCCUCCAGACGGGCAAGUCAGAGAAAAAGGCACGACGACGCCAGGAUUUCUCCCUCUUUGGCCGGCAGCAGGGGAAGAGGGAGUUAGCGGUAGAGAACCUUUGGGCGUGGUUGGGGCUCCUCUCCGUUGCACAAGCAUCAGAUUCGUGGAACGAAGGCGACGUCAUGGCGAAGGUGAAGGUACACGAGCUCCGCCAGAAGAGCAAGCAGGACUUGCUCGUGCAGUUGAAGGAUCUGAAGACGGAGCUGGCGGCUCUGCGCGUGGCAAAAGUGACAGGAGGCGCUCCUAACAAGCUGUCGAAGAUCAAGGUGGUGAGGAAAUCAAUCGCGAAAGUUUUGACAGUGAUGGCACAGACCCAGAAGGCAAAUCUGAGAGAGGCGUUCAAGGGGAAGAAGUAUUUGCCAUACGAUCUUCGCCCGAAGAAGACACGUGCCAUUCGGCGGCGCUUGACGCGUACACAGUGCUUCCACAUGAUACAGAAGACGGAAUCUCACACCGAAUGCUUAUCUCCUACACGAUGAGUGUUCGUCACUUCUGUUGUCCUUCUCUUCGCAUUCCAUUUGCUGACCUGCGAUGGUCCCUGGGCUAUCGGUAUUGUCUAUGUUCCAUUUGUCUUCUUCCCCCCUGUGCGUUUCGCGCUCUUGCUGCGACAGCAUAGGUGACGGGUUUCACUGGCGAGGAGGGCCUUACACUUGAUUGGAGAGUGUCCUGUGUGAUGCGCGUCAUUGCCCUAAUUAAGCACAAGACGUCUUUGGGUAUGUCAAUCAAUCAGUCGCUAAGUC